AUGGGGAACACACUAAAAGCAUUCGGUAUCCUAGCAUUAUUUUUGACUUGGAGAUUAUGUGAUUCGGUGACUUAUAAACUCACAAAUGUGAGAUGCGCCAGUCACAACAAGUCAUGGGUGACAAUUAAUGAGUGUCGCCUGAAGGCCGUCAGUCGAAAUAAAACCGUAUUCAAUUUCAAUGCAACUUUCCUUCAUCCGACAAACGACAUUUUUAUGGAUUAUCAAAUGCUUAAAAGGGCAAGCGGAUACAAGCCAUGGUUGUUCAAAAAAAAGAUCGACGGUUGCAGGUUUUUAAGAAAGCCCUACGAUCUCUUGACUAUAUUAAUUUAUAAUAUUUAUGGACCCUGGUCAAAUGUCAAUCACACUUGUCCGCUUUAUGGGGAUAUUGUAAUCAAGGGAAUGUAUCUUACAACUGAGAUAAAAACCGUACCGUAUCCCACCGGCGAUUAUAUGCUCCAGAUAAACUGGCUCUUCUAUCGAAAGCUUCAGUUUGUCACAAAUGUUAGUUACCAAUUUGUUGAAGAUUGUUGUUGA